CAAUACGCAUAUUUUAAGCGACCAAAGUGAUCGAUAUUAAAUCGUCCGAUUAAAUGUCAUGAAAACGAAUGUUUGCAAGAUGUUUAUUGAAUAAAUGAAACCACAUAUUUCAUAUAUAAAUAUAAGUAAAUUAUAUAUAUGUCUUUUCAGAGAUAGCAUAUAAUAAAAGAAAUGUUUCGGGAAACUUCAAAAAUUAUAAUAGAAGAUGGAUCUUCUCCAUCCGCCUCUUACGUUAUAUACAUCAGAAUGGAAGAUCUAUUAGAAAAAUUGAAACUAUUAAAUUAUGACAUAGAAUUUUUAUCAGAAUUUAAAAUAAAGGCCAUAAAUAGGAACUACUUUGCAAUACAAACAAAUCCAGGAGAACAAUUUUAUACAUUUACGUCUUUAGCUGCAUGGUUAAUCAGAAAAAGUGGCAAGAACUUUGAACCUCCACAAGAGUCAGAUGACCCUAAUGCUACUAUAGCUUUGAUACUGGAUCAUUUAAGGGAUAUUAAUGUACCAGUAGAAUUUCCACCUAAUAAACUGAAACAAGGCAGUGGGGAACAUGCUAUUUAUGUAUUAGAUAAUUUGGCUGAUCAUGCAUUAAAGAUACAGAAAUUUCAAUGGAAGAAAGUGGAUAUACCUCCUGAUGAACCAAGUAAUGAACCAGAUGUUGAAGAUGAUGACGCAGAAUUAAUUUUAGAAAAAGUAGAAGAAGAAAUGAUGGCUGAGUAUGACGACGAAGACGAAGAUAUUUUACAUAUAGAUGAUAUUACAAAAUUAUAUGGACAAAACUUUAAUGACACACAAAAACCAGAUGAUAUUUUAGAGUCUAAAACAAAUAGGGAAGAAUGGCAAUUAGAAUUAGAAAGAGUUUUACCCCAACUGAAAGUAACUGUUAAGACAGAUUCAAGGGAUUGGAGAUCACAUAUAGAACAAAUGAAACAGUUCCAUACAAAUAUCGCAACAAAUCUGACUGGAACCAAAAGUCAAUUAGACAAAUUACGUACCGAUGUAACAAGCGCUUUGGACAAAGUAAAAGCAAGAGAAUCAUAUCUGAACCGACAACUUGAACCUGUUUUAAAAGAAUAUCAAACGCUUCAAGAUGAACUCUCAAAAAUAAAAGAACAAUACCGAGAUGUUAGCGGAGGUGUAACAGAGAGAACAAGAAUAUUUAAUAAAUUAUCAGAGGAAUUGGAACAUAUAAAAAAGGAAAUGGAUGAGAGAGGAUCAAGCAUGACUGAUGGAACACCACUUAUAAACAUAAAAAAGACAAUUACCAAAAUGAAAAAUGAAAUUUCCGAAAUGAAUGUUCGGAUCGGCGUAUUAGAAUACAGUUUAAUGUGUGCGAGAAUACGAGAUCGUACACAGUUGCAAGAAGAUAUGAAUAACACAAAUGGUAUUGUAAUAAUUUGAAUUAUCAAAUAGCACUUUGUUACGUAACUUCAGUCUAUCUUGUUGUCCGUGUAACAAAUUUAAUAAGUUACAUUAGUUUCACGAAUCGUACCGACAGUUCAUUUUUGCUAAAUAUGUUUCUUGCGCACAGUUAUUCCCCUAGCGAUACAAGGGUCCAAUAAAGUUCCGUCCAGAAUUAUUUUUAUAAACUUUCUACGUGUCAACGAAUAUUCAACUUGCAGGAAUUAAUUGUUCGAUCACGUUUUCACCGAUUGUAAUUACAACAAAUAAAUUAUUGCAGUAAUAAGAAA